CAACGAACGUUUCAUACGGCCGCAACACGUGCGUACGGCUCGUGGGGUAAAGCGGUUUAAAAAGUUUUAUUAUUUCUCGGCUGAUAUUUAGAUUAAUAAUAUAAACCACAUAGCAAAAUGGCAAUACAAACGAAUAGGCGAAAAAGGAAACACGAAGAAGCUGCCGAAGAUCAGAAAGAUGACGCUGAAAUAGCAGUACCCAAAAAGGUGGCAAAGGAGUCUCAGACGCCAAAGAAAAAGAAAACAAAAGGAGAAAACACAAAAGCCGGCAAAACAGAAGGAGAGGAGGAAAUCUACCAGGAGCCUAUGGAACAGGCUGACGCAGAGGAACAAAGUGCAACGCCUGACAACGAAGACAAUAAAACUGAAGAAGCAGCCUCACCAACAAAAAAGCGCAAGCCAAGACAUGAAAAAAAGAAACAGGAAGGAAACGUUGAGGAAGCGGACAUCAGUCCCGACUCAGGUAUUGAGCCCGAAGAGAAACCGCAAUGGUUUCCGAAUGAUUUCAAAAUGAUGCAUUUCCGUACGAAGCUGCAGGGGAAUAGCUUCAUAACAGAACUGCGCCAUUUUCUGUACAUGUGCAAAUCGAGGCCCAAGAUUGUGGCUAAGUACAUUGAGAAACGCGGAAAGCCGCUGGAACUGGCCGAAGCAUUUAAUCGCAUCGAUAAAACCAAUGUGCUGCAUGUGGGCUACCUUUGUGAGGCACUGCAACGCAUCAUCAUGGAAAUUCUUACCAAUCAAAAGAACCACAUGGAGUCCGCUGCACACGCUGGUCGUUAUUUUCUAAAGACGCACGGUUCAGUGCUGGAUCAGUUAUUGCAGUCCGCUCAGCCGAAUCAUCGUCGUAAUGCGCUCAAACUGUUGACGGCCAUUGUGUGCGUGGAUCCACAGUUGGGCCGUCAAGUGCUCAGUUCCUACGACAUAUUGUCGAAUGUGCGCACAAUGGAAAAUAUGCUGUCGCAUUCAAAGAACGACUACACGAAUGAGGAAACCGUCCGUAAGGCCUAUAUACACUUUAUACUCGCCUUUCUGGUUGACGAUAAUACUUUGCUCAUUCGCAACAUUCUGGAUCGCGCACAUUUGAUACGUGUGCUCGCUAAGGGACUUGUCUUCGAUGACCAUGUGACGGUGUGCGUGGUGGUCAACGCGCUGCGACAAUAUGUGCUCGAAAAUGCCAAUAUACAGAAGACCAAGAAGGUGCACGUUUUUGACCUUGAAUGCUGUAAGCAUUUUAGCCACCUCUAUGAAUGGCAAGGACCGCAAGGCUUAGUGCAACGGUACAGCAAACGCAAACAACCAAUUGAAGACAAGAAUUUUGAGCCGGAGAAUCGUGAAACUGUUGCAGAGGCAGCACAUAAGUUUCUGGUCACGUUGUUGACUUCACGCAAGCACGGCAUCAGCUUCGAUGCAAUGACCAACUAUCGCCAGAAGCACAAUAAACUGCAGGGCAAGCUGAUGGGUUCGCUGUAUCGCCCAUUUGCCGAUGAACGUAAGGUGGAUUUGAUUCUGAGAAUCCUUCAAGCAUGUCCCGAUCUGGGUAGACAUUCGGCCCGCAACUUUUCCAACUAUGUGAGUCCAAUGCGUAUGUCAUCAACGGAUUUACCCAAGGGCGUAGACAUGCUAUCGAAAGUGAUUGCUGCUGUUCCACCGAGCUCUCUGUCCACAGCCAUGGACAAAAUGACGCUUACAGACUUUGGCUAUUGGAUAAAAGAGCUUUGUCUGCCAGCGGAGGCAUUGGUUCAAAUUGUUAGCAAGAACUUGCUGAGGCACGACGAUUUCAGUGUGCGUCUAGCAGUUAAUCGUCUGCUCCUGUCCAUGAUGACACAAUACAGUAACUAUGUGAACGCCAUCGCUCUCCGAGAGCAGUCAAAGCGUGCUGGAAAUUCAUUGCGUCGGUUCAAGUUCGAGUUACUGAAUCACUUGUUGGUCAACUUUCCACCCAUGGAGAGCAUAUUGUAUUCGUUGUACAAAAGUAUUCAGGAGAAAGCGGACCCCAAUGUCAAUGUGCUAGAGCAGCUGUCGGUCACUCUCGAGCUGGUGUUGAUGAUGUGCAAAGAGAAUCGCGCAUUCGUGAACAAAACAAGUCAAAUUCUUGAUUACUUGGAUGUUCUACGCCCGUUGUAUGAGACAAACUUUGAUGAACCAUUGAUACUACUAAUCCUGGAGGAAUGGAUAAGGUGCAAAAAAAUCAAGCUGGAGCUGAAGUCAAUUAAAACAAUAUUGCUGCUGUUUCCGCGCUCGCUGCAUCCCCAGGAGAAGCUUUUCGAGAAAGUGCUGCGUUCUUUUAUCAAGGCCUACAUGCUAGAAGAUGUGGAGGUCAAAACAGAAGCAGGCGAGUUGCUGCAUUCUCUUUUUCAAAACACGGGCAUGUUUGAUUCGUCCAGUUUCGAGAUUGACAUCUGGUUGGAGGCUCUAAUUGGCUUCAAUGCUGAAACCGUUGAUAAUGUGACCAAUAUUCUGCUCACUUUACUUUCCCUCGAUCUGUCGCAGGUGAAGGAGCUGCCGGUGCUCAAUGCCAGAGAGACAGCAACAAAUGUGGAGAAUCUGCGCAAGCUUUUUACUCAGAUUGAGAAAGGUCAGACAGUGCAAGCUUAUGUGGAAACUCUGACACUGAGCAAAAUGAUGCCAUUGCUGCUGCAAGGUGUGACAAUUGAGGCGCCCUACGAUGCCUACGUUGAAUUGGUCAUGGUGCUGCUUUAUCAGUUCCACGCCAAACCUGCUCAAGUGCAGCAAUUGUACUCUUCGCAACUGGAGCAGCACACAACAUAUAUGCAGAACUGGCAAGAUGGCAAGCCCAGUCAACUGCCUGCUGCAAUUGGCAAGCAUUGGCCACAACUGGAUGCCUUGCAGCGAACGGUAUUGAAGCACCCGACACAAUCCUUUGAACAGAUCUUCAAACCGGCUGCCGAAGACACCGAUCGCUUUGAGCUCAAGCUGGAGGAUGGAAACUCAAUGCAGUUGCAUCACACACUGCGUAAUCCACGACGCAACACGAUCUAUGCCCAUAAUCUGCUCUUUCUGCUCUCACAGCUGGUGGCCAGCGAGCAACUGAAUGCUGAGCAGUCGCAGCUCAUUUGCGACUCUUUGAUAAAACUGCUGCAAAUCGCCACUCAAGUGGAUGACAGCCAGCAGCAACGUUUGGAGCUGCUGAAAGACGAAGAUAAUCAACAGCAGCAGCGCGAGCAGGAGACCCACACGGAGCGUCUGUUGCAGUACAUUUAUGGGAUGCGACUCAGUCAACUGCGUACGACACAGUUGCUCAGCGAGACGAGCGACACGUUGUUACAUUACGUGACCUUUUUGCGUCGCCUCACCGAACAUUGCCGCUCGCUGCCCAAGUUCAGCAGCUACACCAGCUACUAUCGUCAACAAUUGGUUAUCGCACUGGAGAUUGCUUUGGAUAACGCGGCAGCAGACAGGGAGCAGAGUAUACAGCAACCUGCCCAGCUGAUGGAGUGGGUACCACUAGUAGACAGCUUUGAAUUAAGUGCCACAGAGUGUGCGCAGAUGUUGCAACUGCUGACGAGCAAGUUACAAGCUGGCGAUUACUUCAACACGAGCAACAAGACAAAUCAUUACUAUGAACUGCUAUUGCGUCUCUUGCGUCGCCUGGCCCAGCUGCAGGAGCCCGUGGACUGCAGUCAGUCCGUGCUGAAACUACAAGCGUAUUACAAGAAUUUCUGUGAAAACGCCUUGGCCGAGCAACUGGAGCAUCUGGAAUCGGCGCUGCUGCAGUUCUUGAUAGGACAGCAUCAUCAUUUAGCCACAUGCGAUGCAGAGUUCUUCGAGUGCUUCUUCUCCACAACUAAUCGCAAACUGAGCAAGUCAGCCGUCAAUCUCGCCAGUCUGUUGCUGCAGCGAAAUGCCAAACUGGCAUCGACAUUCGCCCAGCUUUUGCCGACGCAUCUGGAGCAGAAGGAACUAAUCUAUCCACUGCUAGACGUGGCCUUUAGUAGGGGCUACAAGCUGGAGCAGUCGCUGCUGCAGCGUUGCUAUCAGACCUACAAGAAUGGCAUACUCAAGAGCAUCGAGAAGCCAUUGAAGGCGGCCGUUAUCUAUCGGGACCAUCCCGAGGCCAGUGCUGCACUCAUUGGCCAAUGCAUGCCCAAGUCGGAGUGCCUGGAUUACUGCCAGAAACAGCUCAAGUUCGAUGCAGUGGAGAUCUUUCAAAUGCGUGUGUUGCGCGAGAUUUACUGGCAAGCCUUUGCCGCCAGCAAGGAUGAGAAACAACAGGCCAGCAUUGUGGUGAGCUACGUCAAUCUGAGUGUCCAAAUGCUGGCCCUCGACCUGAAGAAACAGAGUGUACAGCGGGACAAACUGGAGCAGCUGGCCUUCAACUGCUACGACUGGUGGCAACAGCAGCCAGAGUCGCUGGCCGAUCAACUGGAUUGGAGUCGCCUGCUGAAGGCGCCGCAUUGGCUGAACUACUGUCGCAGCUGUCUGAAGCAAGCCAUGCACAUGGCCGAGGAGCAGCAGAAGCAAUCAACUCCUGAACAGGAUCAAGUCAAUGGACUGCUGCUUAAGCUGUUGGCAUAUCUCUGCGAUCGUCUCUAUGUGGAUUACAGCGAGGAGGUAGAUGGGCAGUCAAAUGAAGAUGCUGCGCUGCUCUACGAGAUGGUCUGCACGCAUUCCUGCUGUUAUGAUCAUCUGCUGGGCGAAUCCAGCGCUGUGAAGACUCAUCUGUUGCAGCUAUUGGAGACGUUGGCACGCAAAGCGCCCGUUGCCUUGCAUGCGGCCCACAUCCCCGUUAUUCUUGGCGCCUAUCACGCCAAGCUGACGCCAGCGGAUCGUUAUGCACUCGCACUGCUGGAGCACUAUGAACGCUUCGACGUGGGACUGGCCCAGUAUCGUCCAUUCAUAUGGGGCGAAAGCGCUGUGGCGCAUUAUGCGUUGCGAGCCGCCGACGAUGAUGAGCGUGCCAAGUUGCAGCAGCAGGAGACAAACGUGGCGCAAGUGCUAGCGCUGAUUGUGCGUUCCGGCUGCCAAUAUACCAUCGAGAACUUUCCCAUCUGGCGUAGCUUGCAUGCCAGCCAGCAGUUGCCUGAACUGCAGUUCUUGAACCCCUGUCGGAAGUCGCAGAAUUUUGGCGACAACUCGCUGGAGCAAAAGAUUGAAAGCGGCGCCUCAGAAUUCACACAGGAUGUGCGUCGUUUGUGCCCCAAGCGCGACGAACUGUAUGAGCAGUGUUAUGAUCCGGCAUUCAUGCUGCCACUGAUGAUGCAUUGCUUCGCACCUGAGUCUGUGGUGCGUGCCCAGUGGCCAGUGCAGAAUGGUCUACUUGCGCUCAGCUUCUGUGCGUUGUCUUCGCUGGACAAAGAUAUGCGAUUGGCGGCUGCGUGUUGCCAGCAACGCUAUCGCUCUCACUUUGAGCUGUCCAAGUUCUACGAGAAGCCGCUGUGGACGCAGGCUUACGACAACAUACAAGGAGGAUUGAAUGAGCUGCGCACUGCUUGGCUGGCACAACGUCGCACGCAUGGCGGUACUCCUCGUGUGCCUUUGAUCCCGGCGCUGUUCAUUGCGAACAGCUUCAAUUUGAGCACGGAUCCCACGCAUCUGCUGUACAAGCGACUGAUGAUGUAUCUGCAACUGAAGCAGAGCUUCAAUUUCCAAACGAUACCCGAAUUCAAUGUGUUCUUUUAUUCGCCAGAGCCGGAGCAUCAACAGUACCGCGAGUUCAUCGUGCAGCUGCUCAGCAAUGGCAUCAAAUGCAGUGCUGAUCUCUUCUUGCUUGUGUCCACAAAUACCUUCAAGGUGCUGCUCAGCUUCUAUUGCUCGAAUCUGGCCAAUCUGGACACAAAUUUACUGUUGCUCUCGGUGCUCUCCACGUGCGUUAAGAUUCCUGGUGCUGUCAAAAUCAUGCUGGAACAUGUGGGAAUACUCUCUUGGCUGGCAGGCGUCAUAAGGGAUACACAGUUCCAUCAGUUCGACAUCAUUGAGGGCAUCAUUAGCAUUAUCAACAAUCUAUGGUAUGCUGUGGCCGCCAGUCAAAGCGAGCUUCCAGACUAUGCUCAUAUUCAGUUGCGUCUGCAUCGCCUCGUUGUGCAGUUGUUGCCAUUGAUAUCGCCACGCGUCUCGAUUCCUGGUCUCGCACGCCUCCUUAAUGUGCUGCAGAAGACGGCCACCAGGAGUGGCCAAUACCUUGCAUUGUCCGCCCAACAACUAGACCUUCUGCUCGACUGUGCCGCCCGUCACUGGCCGCAGCAGUUGGCCAGCAUUCGCUAUCUGCGCAGCUUUGGCGGCACUUAUGCCUCACCGCGAGCCGAAUUUUGUGACUGGCUGGCCAAGGAUCAAAAACUGGAUACGCACACUGUACUCGCGCUGUCCAGCCUGAGAGAAUAUGUCACUCACUGGUGGCAGGUGCACAAAGAAGCAGAUGUAGAUGCUAAAAAGGAUCAGAAGCAAGUUGCCGAAGAAACUGCUGCUUAGUUGGGUAUUCUAUAGUCUAAUCUAAAGCAUUGUUUUAAUCAGAUUGUUAGAGCUUAGUGUUUAUUAUAUAGUUUUGCAAAUGAA